GGAAAAUGGCACUAGCUGAUUUCUGGUCAGCAAAUCUUAUCCUUUCAGAACCUGACAAACCAGAUUUAUUCAUUAUUUUAUUGCUUCCGAGAAUUAUUCAGUAUUCCUAUUUUCCUUCUAAUGUUUAUGAAAUAAUGAAAACAUGAAGUGCAUGAUUCAAAUGCAAUUUCACCUAUAGCAGUUCUGCAAGGAACAAAGAAACUAUUCAGAAAACUAACUAGCCCUCCAAAAUACAGCAUGAAGCAAACUGAAACUGGAGCCAGUGAGCUCAUUCCACUUCUACCAGAUGUCGAUUCUUUGGAAUGUCAAUCUUCAAGGGGUGCAUCAGUUUCUGGUGCAGUUUUUAACAUCUGCACAACCAUGGUCGGAGCUGGAAUCAUGUCGAUUCCAGCCUCUGUUAAGGUCCUAGGAAUCAUUCCGGGCUUUGUUGUUAUCUUCAUGAUUGCAUUCUUGGUUGAGGUCACAGUCGAGUUCUUGCUGAGGUAUACUCAAUCUGGCAAAGCGACUACCUAUGCUGGCUUAAUGGCAGAGUCCUUUGGGUCAUUCGGAUCCCUUUCAGUGCAAAUCUGUGUUAUGGUCACUAACCUUGGUUGUCUCAUCAUCUAUCUGAUUAUCAUUGGGGAUGUCCUCUGUGGCAUUCAGACUGGAGGAACCUUGCACCUGGGCCUUUUACAGGAAUGGUUUGGCAUCCAAUGGUGGAACUCCCGAGCUUAUGUGAUACUGUUUGUUGUGCUCUUUGUUGUGCUUCCAUUGGUCUUGUUGCCACAUAUGAAUUCAUUGAGGCACACUUCAGCGAUAUCCAUUCUCCUUGCUGUACUGUUUAUAGCUAUAAGCUCAGCGAUGGCAAUUUACGCGCUGUGGAAAGGAAAAACUCAAAAAUUGAGAUUGCUACCGGACUUUGCCAAUCAAGUGUCCAUCUUUGAUCUGUUCACAACUGUUCCAGUCCUUGUAACCGGGUUCGGAUUCCAUGUCAACAUUCAUCCAAUAAGAGGAGAACUUGGUAGACCUUCUGAUAUGAGCUCUGCUGUCAGGAUUUCUUUAGCAGUCUGCAUAGCUAUUUACUUCUCAAUCGGUUUCUUUGGGUACCUGCUCUUUGGGGACUCCAUCAUGGCGGAUAUGCUAGUGAACUUUGAUCAAAAUUCUGAUUCUGCAGUUGGUCAGGUAGUGAAUGAAAUUGUUCGAUUAAGCUAUGCAAUGCACCUAGCUCUUGUCUUUCCUGUAAUGAAUUUCUCCCUGAGAGCUAACAUAGAUGAGCUCCUCUUUGCAAAGAAGCCUGUUCUGGCCAGAGACACCCCGAGAUUCGCAAUUCUCACCUGUGCAUUGCUUGCUGUUACAUACAUAUUCGCCAUAGCCAUACCAAAUAUUUGGUACUUCUUUCAGUUCUUAGGAUCAACAACCGUUGUUUCCCUCUCAUUCAUUUUUCCAGGAGCCAUAGUUCUCAGGGAUGUUCAUGGCAUAUCGACAAGAAAAGAUAAGAUCAUGGCAAUUUUGGUGAUCAUCCUGGCUAUUGUGACAAGCAUGAUAGCCAUUACGACCAACUUGUGGAGUAGUUAAAACAGAAAACAAAAUCAUAAAUAGUUGUUGCAUUGAGAGCAGAUCUGCAAUGUUACAGAAUUGAAGGGGAAGUAAAGGCCAGAGAAGCAGAAUAUCUUUUGGGGAAAUGGAUAUCAUACUUGGCCAGCUCACACCAUGAUCUCUUCCUGAUUUGAUUGCAGCAUAAAAUAAGAAAAGAUAUCAAUGUCUUUGAUCAGUUGAUGAUGCCAAUUAUACAUCUUUGGACAUUUAGAUAUUCCUUCUUCCUUCUGAAUAAAACACAGGCUCACCCACCACAGAUUUACUGAA